AUGAUAGUUUUCACAUUUUUUCGAGAUAGGCAUGUGAAGAAAUUUUACCAAAUUUGUUGAAAUUAAAAAAAAAAAAAUGUUGAGUCGCUUCUGCAAUCCAUCACUAAAACUCGCGCAUUUUGCGUAUACAUUGAACAAUGUAAAUUUUCAUCGAGUGCCACAAUUGAGUUAUUCGGAACAGAAAAGUAAUUAUGCAAGGUCUAUACCUGGUGCCAAAUAUAACCGACCGUUGGAUUUGGUGAGCUUGUUAAGAGAUUUUAAGGUACGUGUGGAGAAUAAAAAUCCACUGACCCAGCAAGACUUGGAAACUCUGGUCCAAGUGAUAAAAAAGCAAAAGGUUGACAAUGAACAAGCAAAGGAAAUUUUCAAAAUUUGCGCCCAUGGUCGCAUUGAUGUGAGCCUGGACAAAAUUGUAUUCAACAUUUGGGAACUGUUCAAGGAUCAAAAGAACGCUUUUGACAUCCACCAUUACAAUUAUUUGUUGCAAUUUGCAAAACGUAAAAGCGAUUGCGAACAAAUGCAACAAUUUUUUGAAGAAAUCCGCGCGAAUAAUUUAAAACCGAAUUUCACUUCUUACCAGUGUUUGCUCGAGACAUAUUGUAAAGCGGGAAAUAUGGAAAAAGCCGUCGAUAUUCUGGAUAUGAUGGACAAGGACAGCAUGCACCUUAGCGAAAGAGCAUACAACAAUUUGAUUGAAUGUCACAUUAUUUGCGGAGACAUCGAAAAUGCGAAUGCAAUGAUGUCAUCUCUAAACGAACAGAAAUUCAAAGUAUCUUACCCAACAUUGAAUGCAUUGCUGACCCAUUAUUGCAAGAGUGGUGAUUGGGAAAACAUUCAAGCAACACUGGAAAAAAUGAAAGCGGAAAAUAUGCAGGUGGCGAGUCGAGAUAUUUUGAAUGCAACAUGUGAAUUGAUAGCCAAUGGUCAUGCGGAUAAAAUCGAUUCAAUGAUUGAACACGUGAAAUCCAGCGUUGUAUUGCAACGAUCAAUUAAAAAUGUCAUCACAACAUUCGUUGAGAAAAAACAAUCAGCAAUUUUGCCGUUAAUCAUUCAAAAAUUUUCUACCGACACCGAAUCAAAUUAUAAACAUUUAAUCGAAGAAAUGGUACGAUUGUCGGCAUCUUCGGAAGAAUUUGAUGAAACAAUAAAAGCCAUUGAAGCAAAUGGUUUAUCAUUUGAAAAACAUUUCCAUAUUUUCGAGCCGGGUUUCGAAAGUUCGUCGGAAAUCUUAAUUUCCAAACUAUUGAAUCAUGUAAAAGCGUCGGGCAAGAAAGUGUCACAAAGUUUGUUUGAAAAAAUGUUUGAAGCGGCUUCGAAAAUUGGUCCCGAACAUGUAUUGAAAUUGGUGGAUUUGAUGUGCGGUGAUUUCAAAAUUCGUCCACAGAUCAGUUUCGUUCGCGAUUUCAUUUUACCCGGUUUGAAUGCAAAAGAGGAUCCAAUUGGUGCUUACGCCAAAUUACAAACGACUAAAAUUUACAUGCGCAGCGUUGUGAUGGCAUUGGCGAAUGUGAGUUUGAAUAAAGGCGACUUCAAAACAGCACACGACUUUUUAAUCAGCAUGGAUGGAUAUUAUAAUACCGAUAUCAUCAAACGACCACUGAUUAAAGCGUUUACAACAACCGGCGAUGUUCGAAAUUUUGUGUUGCUUGUACGUGUGAUUUAUGACAGUUUGGUGCAUUUUGAUCAAUUCAUAAGAAAUGAAAACAAAACCACUGAAACGAAAGACAUGAAAAAAGCAUUUGCAGCUGAAAUGUUGUCGGCAGCAAUAACCCAAAAAGGAUACAAUCCAGAGUUAACAAAAUCACUAUUACUCUUGUUCGUUGAAGAAGGUUUAACCAUAACACCAAAGGCGGCAGAUACCAUUCGGCAUCAACUUAAAGAUAAUAGUGAAUCCGAAAUUGAUAGUUUGCUCGAAAAAUUGAGCAGAGAAGAGCUUGAAUUGAAACCGAUAACAAAUGUCAAAAAAUCGUCUAUUUCGAGACAAAUCAAUUCGAUUGAUUUGCAAAAUAUUCUGCAAGCGAGAAUAUCAAAAGGCCACAACGUGGCAUCGACGGAAAAGCUAUUAUUCCUUGCUUAUAUUCGUGAAGGAAAUGUGAAAGACAUUGAGCCAUUGCUAGCCAAAGGCUCAUUUAGUCUCACAAAUGCUGAUUAUGCUCAACUGAUCAACCUAUACACGAGUUUCGGCUAUUUGGAAAAUGCUUUGAACACUUUGCAACGUGUUUGUGAAAAUAAUGAGUCAUUCAAGUUAGAUGCAACGAAGGUGGGAAAGCUGGUCACAUUGAUGUUUAAGGAAAAUAAAAAUUUCGAUGAAAUCGAAGCCAUUUUAAUUGCACAUGGUCCACCCAAAUGUGGAAAUCGAGUGUUAAUUUUUGAAAAGCUGCUCGAAAAUCUUGCAGAUAACAGCUCGCAGCAAUUGGUCAAUAGACUAUUUGACACUCUUGUAAAACAUAAUUAUGUUCAGCCAUCAAAACAAAUUUUGUCACCAUUAUUAUACGUUUACUUGAAGAAUGACAUGUGCGCUGAUGCCGUUGAACAGCUUGAAAAAAUCGCCGAUGAACAUAAAAUGGUUCCAAUGUCAAUGUUGGUAUUCAAAAAAUUGAUCGAACAGAAUGAAAUUGAUUUGCUGCAGCGCGCUUUUGAUGUAUAUGAAAAAGUUUAUAACGAAAGUAGUGCUUUGAGCCGCUUGGCAUUUGCAUUUGUCGAUUGUAAUCGGCCGGAUCAAGCGAGAGCAAUUUUUGAAAAUGAAGGCAUCAAAAAUAUCUCACAGCAAAUUACCAGAGAAUGCGCCAAAUAUGUCGAACGUGGUAAAAUUAGAGCGGCCAAGGCACUCCUUUCAGCCACACGAGGUUUAUAUUGCGAUCGCGACAUAAUCUACGAUUCACUUCUGAGCAUUUAUAUACAACAGAAUAAAGCACAUGAAGCUUUAGAAUUGUGGACCGAAAUUAACGAUGAAAUUGUACCAAAAAAAUCAUUCAUCGAAAAACUCUACAAUUUUUUGAAAGCAAACGAUGUGGAAAUUCCACACGAUUUGAAACCGAAAACAAUACCAAAUCAAAAAGUAGAUAAAAAUAAAGCCACAAAAUUAAAUAUUCGAAAAAUGUAAUAAAAAAAAUGUAGCAAUCCAGUUUAUUAAAAACAAAUUAUUACUUAAAAAUACUUUCAAAAUAAAUAAUAAUAGCCAAUAAAUUGUAUGAGUUGACUUUUGUUAAUUUUCCGAAUUAUACGCUACCGUAUUGGAUACAUCAACGAAUUGAGAAGAGACUACUUCAAAUUGAGCUUAAGGAUUACCUUAGAGUUCUAUAUUUCAAAAAAAUUAGAAAAAGAAUACAAUGAUAACUGUAAAUCUAUAAUAAUAUUGAGUUUAUUGCUACGAUUUUUAUAUUUUUUGGCAGUGCAUUGAAAAAAUGAAGAAAAAGUCUUUGGUAAACUCGUUGAAAUUCAUUCACAAUGGCAAAUGGUCGCUUUUUAAAUGAUUCACAGUGUGCGAAACAAAAAUUGGCUUGUUUUACACUAGAUGGAGCUGUUUGAAUUCAGCUUCGUCCGUUUAUGGUGAAAGAAAUAUUUUAUUGCUUGAAUAAAAAUGCUUUAUUAUUGUUUAA